AUGUAUACUUUAUCCACAUGGUAUACGAAAGAGCAGCUAACCAAGCGGAUUGCUAUAUUCUUCUUCGGGAUGUUUGGAGGAAAUGCCGUCGCACCCCUCUUGGGAGCAGGGUUGUUAAGACUUGACGUGGAAGGAAUAAUGUCGAUGGUUGCGGCUAUUGCUCUGUUUUUCCUUCUUCCUGAAAAGCCAAAUGAACAAAUGAUGAAGAACAAUUUUAACGAUGGCACCGACGAGAGAAGUAGCGCCAAUAUCUAUGCGCACAAUAAACCCAUAUCUUACCAGGAUAUUUGGAAGACAUUGGGUAACAUUCGAAAAUGGCCACACUUCAUCGCCACCGCCUGUGUGUUCUCAACCUGGAGCCCCUUGACAACAUACACACCCAGCAUCAUCAUGUCAUUAGGCUUUUCGCGUAUCGAAUCGAACGCCAUUUCCGCAAUUGGAAAUUUUGCGACACUGCCUGUCAUUCUCUUCUUUGCGUGGCUGAGUGACAAGACUAAAAGACACGGGUUGAUCGUCACGGUGGCAAUUGCCGCAUACCUCAUAGCGCUGAUCCUGUUACGAAUUGUCCAGCCUCAUGUUGGGCAAUGGAGUCGAAUUGGCCUCUGGACAACAGUUAAUGGGCUAGCUGUGGGCUAUCAUCCUAUUCAUAAUGCAUGGAUCCAAAUUAACUGCAAUACUGCGGCUGAGAGAAGUAUUAGCGUUGCGUAUGUUCAGUUUUUGACACAUCUGCACUUUUACGAUAUAAACUGA